AUUGAAAUUUUGAGGUGGCAUUUAAAUUUGGAGGCUUGCCUGUCUUUGGAGGAAAUUGCCGAUCAAGCAUCAUAUCCGGACAGGAAAGGCUCAGCCAAACGUGGAACAGUUCUGGUUGCACUGAUAUAAAUCUUCUCCAACUCCUCCCCCUCUCCAUACAUCAGAACCACACAAUAAUUCAGUAGAUGCAAUCUUACUGUGAUCGAUCGCCCUUAUCUUCCUUAAUCUGGAUUAGUAGUGGAAAGAUUUAAAAGAACCAAGGAUAUAUAACAGAGGAAGAGAAAAGAAUCAGAAGCAGCAAGAGAAAAGGAAAAAUGGUGAUCACAGCAGCCGUAACGGACUCCAAAGAGCAGUUGUACUAUACUUUUGCCUCCAGAUAUGUGCGUGCACCCCUGCCCAGGUUCAAGAUGCCGGAGAAUUCGAUGCCAAAGGAAGCAGCAUAUCAGAUUGUGAAUGAUGAGUUGAUGCUGGAUGGUAAUCCAAGAUUGAAUCUUGCGUCAUUUGUGACCACUUGGAUGGAGCCAGAGUGUGAUAAACUCAUGAUGGACUCCAUCAACAAGAAUUAUGUUGACAUGGAUGAAUACCCUGUCACCACUGAACUCCAGAAUCGGUGUGUCAAUAUGAUAGCUCAUCUCUUUAAUGCCCCUGUUGGAGAUGAUGAAACAGCAAUUGGUGUGGGCACAGUUGGAUCAUCAGAGGCAAUAAUGCUUGCUGGUCUUGCUUUUAAAAGGAAGUGGCAGGCCAAAAGAAAGGCUGAGGGCAAACCUUAUGAAAAACCUAACAUUGUUACUGGGGCAAAUGUGCAGGUUUGCUGGGAGAAAUUUGCAAGGUACUUUGAAGUUGAAUUGAAGGAGGUGAAAUUAAAGGAAGGAUACUAUGUGAUGGAUCCUAAAGAAGCUGUGGAGAUGGUGGAUGAGAACACUAUAUGCGUUGCAGCUAUUUUGGGAUCUACACUUACUGGUGAAUUUGAGAAUGUUAAGCUUCUUAACGAACUCCUAACCGAGAAAAACAAAGAAACUGGGUGGGACACACCGAUCCAUGUAGAUGCUGCCAGUGGUGGGUUUAUUGCUCCGUUCCUUUACCCUGACCUUGAGUGGGAUUUCCGUUUACCACUGGUGAAAAGCAUCAACGUCAGUGGCCACAAGUAUGGCCUUGUGUAUGCAGGUGUUGGGUGGGUAGUUUGGCGAAGCAAGGAGGAUUUGCCAGAAGAGCUCGUGUUUCAUAUCAACUACCUUGGAUCUGAUCAACCUACAUUUACUCUCAAUUUCUCUAAAGGAUCCAGCCAAAUAAUUGCCCAGUACUAUCAGUUUAUAAGACUUGGCUGUGAGGGCUACAGGAACAUCAUGGUAAACUGCAUGGAGAAUGCAAAGGCACUCAAAGACGGAUUAGUAAAGACAGGCCGGUUUGACAUUGUCUCGAAAGAUGUUGGGGUUCCAUUAGUGGCCUUCUCCCUGAAAGACAGCAGCAGAUACACAGUUUUCCAAGUAGCAGAAUCUUUGAGAAGGUUUGGAUGGAUCGUUCCAGCCUACACAAUGCCUGCAAAUGCGGAACACAUUGCCGUGCUUCGAGUUGUAAUUCGCGAAGACUUCAAUUUCAGCCUUGCAGAGAGACUUGUCUCUGAUAUUGAGAAGGUUCUCAAGGAGUUGGAUGCUCUACCACCACGAGUAUCAACUAAAAUUGAUCACAAGGAGUUGGAAGCUCUACCACCGCGAGUAUCAACUAAAAUUGAUCAUGUAACCGCUGUUGCAAAUGAAACUGAAGGAAUUAAGCCUGAUAAUCAUCACUUAAGAGAAAUAGCCAGCUACUGGAGGAGGAUAUCAAACAAGAAAACCAGUGGAGUCUGCUAGUGCACUCGGAUGAUCUUUCUCUGCCAAACUUUUCGUCUUUUAUGUGUGCUUUUUGCUGUUUGUGUUUGACUGAUUAUGCGGCCUAUCUUCUGAGUAUGAAUACUUUUUCUCUGGACAUGAGAAGAAUUGCUAUGUAUAAAUUUCUUAUCAUUAUGUAUCUGUUUCUAUCAUCAACUUUUUGACU